CUAAUAUUUCCACACUCUGUCAGCUUUACUCACCAGACCCAUUGAUGUUAUUUCAGACCGUUGAACUUGGACCAGAUUAAGGCAGAGGAUCACAUUCAGCUAAAAAAUAGGAAAUAAGAAAAAAAGAAAAAAAGAAAAAACGAAUAACAGCAAUUAAGGAAAAGGAAAGGUAGUCAUGUCAUUCUUUGCCAGACCUAUUUUCAACCGCAUCAAGCAAGUGGCAUUCAAGCCUCGUGGAGUUGAAGAAUUCUUUGAAGGCGGCAAAUCCCUUCCGACGGAAAAGUCAUGGACUGGUCGCGCUUGGAGAGCCAGUGAGCUGAGGCUCAAGUCAUUUGAUGAUCUGCAUAAACUUUGGUAUGUUCUACUCAAGGAACGCAACCUCCUUGCCACUCAGAAGGAAGAGGCUCGUCGGUUCCAUAUUUCGAAGCAAUUUUUUAGCAACAAGGGUCGUCAGGAGAAGUGCAAGAAAUCGAUGGCAAGAAUUAAAUUUGUUCUGAAUGAACGACGCCUGGCUUGGGUUGAGGCCAAGAAGUUGCAGAGACUGGCUAAUGUUGAGGAGGCAUCUGUCAACACCAAGGUUCCGACAACAGGAUCAGCAAAGGUAGCAUCCGAAAACACUACAUCAGCAGCAGCAGCAGGAACAUCAUCAACGUCAACAUCAACAACAGCAUCAACGACAACUAAUGCUAGAGCUUAA